UCCUUGGUGGUGGUGCUGCUGCUGCUACUACUGCUACUACAAGCGGCGGCCGCCUCCUCCUCCUCCUCCCUUCCCAUCCCCUCCUCCUGUUCUUCCAUUGUGGAAAGCGAAGCCCGCGCUCGACAGCAGCUGCUCCCUCCAUGGAGGCGGGGAGGUCUCGGCUCCUGCUGCUCCUCGAGGAGCCUUAAGUGAAGCGGGGAGGGUGCUGGGGAGGGGGCGGCUGAUGCAGGCAGGAGCCAGACCUUUCAGCCAUUGAAUUAGCCGCACAAAAGGGCUCCCUCCUUCCCCUUCUCCGCUCACCCACCCUCCUACCCAUUCGUGGCCGCCACCGGACAGGGGGAUCCCGUCGCCGCUGCCUUUACUGACCCGCAUGAACUCUGGCUUCCUUGAUCACAAGGUAAGAGGAAGUAACAAAAUGAGCCACAUGGAGGAGAACUUUAGCCCUGAGGAGGCUAGAUCACAGCUUGUGACCAAAAGGAAACUCCUUAAGAUGCUGAGCUUAAGUCCUGGGCACAGCCAAGCACGUGGAACUGAAGUGAGGGAGAAGAAAAUACCUUCAAUGACAUGGCCAGUGAAACCAGUACAUACCAUCAAGAAACGCAAAGCCUUUUUGGUCCACCGGGGUACCCAGACAGAAGAGAUCCCAGACAUCUGUAUUGAGUGUGGGAAAGUCUUCAUUCAGAACUCGAGCCUGAUCAACCCGUGGCCAGUCCAGCCCGACGAUAAGCCGCACAAGUGCUCUGAAUGCGGGAAAAGCUUUACUGUGCGUUCCAGUCUGAAUAGACACCAGAGAAUCCACACAGGGGAGAAGCCUUACAUAUGCCUUGAUUGUGGCAAGCGGUUCAAUGACAAGUCUAACCUCACUCAGCACCAGCGAAUCCAUACGGGAGAGAAGCCCUACGAGUGCAUUGAUUGUGGCAAGAGCUACAGCCGCAGCUCGCACAAGAAGAAGCACCUGAAGGACUCGGCGGAAGAUCAGCAAGAGGCUUGCAUCCAGGGGGAUGUUGCCGACGCCAGCAGCAUCGGUGAGAAGCCCAAACCAAAACAGAAGGCGGAGGUGCUGAACACCUGUACAGAAUGCCUGCGGAGCUUCAGCCACAACGCUGACCUCAUCAAACACAUGCGCAUCCACACCGGGGAGAAACCCUACAAGUGCAACAUCUGCGAGAAAAGCUUCAACGUCAGCUCCAACCUGUUUAGACAUCAGAGAAUCCACACGGGGGAGAAGCCGUAUGUGUGCUCCGAGUGUGGGAAUUGCUUCACUGACAAAUCAACCCUGGUCCAGCACCACCGGAUCCACACCGGGGAGAAGCCUUACGCCUGCCGGUUCUGCGGCAAAUGUUUCAGCCACAGCUCCCACCAUAAGAGACAUGAGAAGAUUCACAACAGAGAGAACCCCUUAUUUGCCUACCCUAUUCCAUUGUUUUAACAGGUUGCUCUCAGAGGAGGGGAGGAGGAAGAGGGGGAGGAUAGAGAACUGUGUGCCUCGGGUAACCUACUUUUUUGAAGAGUGCAGGAACCAACUUGAAGGAUUUUGCCAGUAUGAUUUCAGACACCACCAGAAAAAGUCACUUCUGACAGAAUACAACUACAGGAUACCAAUGUACAAUAUAGUACCUUUAAUAAGAUCCAAAUGUUAUGUAGCUUACAGUGAAUGCUCAAAAUCUGGUGAAUCUGAGUGUGAAUGUUGAUAAUCCCAGAUGAAUUCUCUGAAUGUCUGAAAGUGUUUCUCUUGGUUUUGGACAUACACUCCUGAAGUGCCAUCAGAUUUAGGUAGCUGUCAACUGCUACAAGCCUGGGGAUGGGAACAUUCCCAAAAUUUGUCAGAUUGUCAACAUUCAACAUUACCGUAUAUCUCCCUUACAGGAAUAUUGGGAGUAUUGGAGGAUAUUGUAUAUUGGAUGUUAUUAAAGGUACUGUGGAAUUAUGCAUUGAUAUCCACUAAUCAUAAUGAAUUGUGAGCGAACUUUGUAGUUGUACCAUUCAUUAUCUUUAUUCACUGGGACUCCUUUUUGUUUCUGGCUCUUCUAACUACCUACACAAACCGGGCCACAGGUCUCUUUGGGGAAGAAAAAAAGAGACUCCCAAUCUCUAUGCAAACAAAGACUCUUGAGUGAGAGAGAAUCUGCCCUUAGGAGAUAGUGCUAGUAGUCAAUUAACCUCAGUAGCCUUUUGCUUCAGGGCUCAACUUUUUUUGGAUGGUAGCUCCCAGCCACUGGAUGCUCUCUAUUAUGGUCUGCUGAAUUAGAAGGCCCUGAUUGGCAGAAAUCUCUUUGCCACUUACGUUUCUACAGAUUGAGGUUAAUCCAUUUUACAAAUGCCUCAUCGGUAGAUAGGUUGAGGCCUCUGUAAAAGGCAUGCUUCCCAGACCCUGGAACACUGUUUUUAUUUUUCCUUACUUUCUACUCUUUGCUGCACUUUCUCAGCGGUGUGGCUAUUAGAACUGGAUAUCCAGUGGCAGAAGAGCCGUGUUAUUCUAUAGCAACAGGAAGAUAAAUUGUGCUCUGGCACUUUAAGAGAUUGGGUGGUUUAUUGGGGCUUUAGGCUUUCCUAGGCAACAGACUCCAUCAGAUGCUCACACAAUGGACUGAGACGGUGGAGGGGUGCGUGUGCGCGCGUAUGUAAUACAUACGCGUGCACACACAAAUACACGUGUGCACAGGUUGAAAACCAAAUUAACCAAGGUGAGAAUAGAGAAACCCAGUACGCCUGGGUUAGUGGACCACUGAACAUAGAAACACAAUGAUUAAUGAAAUGGAGGACAGUUUCCCUUUUGUAGUGAGCAAACCACCUGUAAUCCUUAUUCAAGCCCUGAGAAAUCUUAUCAAAUUUGUUAAUGGAUUCCUGUUUGUGUUGGUUUUCUUUUUGAAAAAUAAUAAUAAUCGCAGCCCUAAGGACCGAGGUGGAGGAUCCAAGUUGGCUGUAACCGGUUCACCCCAUUGGUUUCUAUAUGUUCCCAUUUGUCAAAUCGGGUUUAUGUUCAGAAGCGUGUUCUAAUCCAAUCUAGUGGUCCCUCCUAGCCAGGUUGGAGAAAAUGCUAAUUGAAACUUGGCUCAGCCACAGAUCCAGUGGGCAGAGUCAUAACCUCUGUGUCUCUGCUCGUCCUCUGUGUUUAAAAGAAAGAAAGAAAGAAAAAGGAAAUGGGGGGUGGGUAAAAAAAGAAACCCCCCCACCCCCAGGAAUAUUUAGUGAUCUACUUAACUGGGUAGUUGCGAGAAUUAAUUAUUGAAAAGAAGGCAAAUAAUGUUGUGGUCCACCCUCAGCUUUAGCCUUUGGGUGAGACUGUGAAUCUAGAGCUAAGAGAGGUAGCCUGAAAUGAAACUGUAAAAGUAACACAAUGGGGAAAGUUUGGAAUUAGCUGUCCAUAGAAGACUGUUGUUUGCUAUAUCUAAGUAAUUUUGUGGUUAGCUUUUAUCCUUUCGGUAGGCAUCCUUUAUGAAAAUGUUUGUCAUUUAAUAGAGUGUCUGAUAGGAAACCUAACCUUUGACCUAUUGUAGCAGUUGAUUCUACAGGUUAAUUAAACACUUUAUACCAUUGGCUUUUUGCCAUCUUGAAUGAGAUUGAGGGGGGCAGGCAACUAUGUCCCCUAAUUCUACAGAUACAGGGGGGGGGGGAGAACAAAAACAAACAAACAGCAUUUCUAGAUCAUCCACAUGUGCUGUAUUGUCUGAAUCCAUUUUUUUUUUGUUUCUGCUGUAUGCAUUUUUGUAUCCCAGAGGGCAAACUCUUGGUUAAGAUAGAGGCAUUUAGAGUAUUUCCAUUAUUAUUUGUAGAUUAUUAUUUUGGUGCAUUUGUCUGUGUGUGUAUGUUUUAUUUUAAAAAAAAUUAAGUUGGCCUUGCACAACACCCUUAUUGCAAAUAUUUAUGCGCCUUUGUCUGCUGGCAUCUCUGAAAUAUCCUUGCAGUACUGUCAUGGCAUCAUGGUUUUGUUACAUUUUGAGUAGAGCACUUGAUACAACCCCGUCCUCUUAAAGUAUUUUGGGGCUGGCAGAGCCUGUCUUGCGAUCGAUCCAUAGCGAUCCGUUUCCCCUUUUUUGGGACGGCCAAGGGUAUGAUCCUGUGUGCAUCGAGAAGCUCGUUACAAACAAACAAAAAGCUUUACACAUCAGCAACUGUGCAAGAUUCCAUUGCCAGCAUCCAGACUUCAGCAAUUUUUUUCAGGCUGAUGAUGGCCGCUGGCAGAGCUGGCUUUAGGAGAGAAAAAAAAAGACUUUAGAUAAAUUAAUGGAGGAUAGGCCUAUUGAGGGCUGUUAUCCAUUAUAACUAAAUGGAACCGCCAUGUACUGAGCACAUGUAUACCUCUGAGCACCAGAUGCUGGAGACAAAACGGAGAUGGCCCUCUCCCAUCAUGGCCUACUAAUGAAUUUCCUGGGAGCUGUUGGAGGAAGAGUGUUGGAUUAGAUGAACUUUCAGCCUGAACCAGUGAGGCAAUCCUUAUGCUCUUAUGUUCACCCAGUGAUGAAUGUGGAUUAUUUGUGUUGUUUUUCCCCCAAGAACUCCCACAAUGUUAUUUAUACCUGGUACUUUAAGCUUAGUGAUAAACAUGGGUGGAAUAUUUUGUCAGACUUCCACAGUGUUUUGCUGGUACUCCAUACACCCUUCUGUUUCCCAAUGCAAGGAUUCCCUUGUUAACUUCAGUGAUAGACCCAGCUCCGCAUACCAAAAAACUCCCCUUCUAAUGAAUUAAGUGGGAAUGCUGGCUAUACAGGAUCUCAAAAGUACACUUUGUGGAGGAUUCUGAAUAGGGAGAGGGGAUUCCUCUUCCCUUGAGUUACAGCAAUUAAUUUAGAGCACAUCAAUGUGUGUGUGUCUGUGUAAUUCACAUUUUUCCUUUAAAAAAAAGGUGAUGUGGUGUAAUGAACUUAAAGCAAGCCUUGCUGUUGAAGUGAAUGGAGAAUUAUAAUUAACUUAAUUGACAUAGUAUCUAAGCAUUUCCCUGGUGAAUGAAAUCUGAAUUAAAAAAUAAACUACGGUUUACUAUUGUGCAA